AUGCAGCUCGGCCACCUCUGUCACGCCGAGUGUCCGUACCUGUACUCGAGCCUCAAGGGGCGAUUCCCCAAGGAGUGCUACCUCUACUCGUCCAGCUCGUACGUCAUGGGCAAGCGCCGCCACGCCAUCGAGGAGUGCUUCACCACGCUGCUGGAGGCGCUCCGCAAGCGCGAGAACCACUCGAACUGCAGCAUUCUACCGGGCACCGUGGCGCAGGAGCUUAUCUCGUUCCUGAACGAGGACCUGCCGAUCGAGCACGAGUUCCGUUGGGAGAACUUCGUGAGCUUCUCCAAGACGCCGAGCAGCAGCAGCUCGACCUUCUACAGCACGGACGGCAGCAGCCGCAGCUUGGCAACCCCCACGGGCGGUUCAAGUCGCUGCUGGCACUCGAAUAGCGACAACAGCCUCGACUCGUUCCUCUCGGCCGGCAGCAGCAACAGCAUCAACUUGUUGGACGCGUGCGGACUGUGCACCAGCGACGACGCGGCCAAGGGGUCGCUGACCGCGCUGAGCUGCGGCCACCGAUUCCACGACGAGUGCGUCGUGGCCAAACUCAACGAGACGCUGGCGUGCCCCACGUGCGGCCACGCCCUGAGCUGA